AUGGAGCCCGGCAACUUCAUAGCGCAGGACAACAACUGGAAAAAUCGUGUUGAAAGUGAAAGAGAUUCUGCAAAAAGAUGGGCUGAAAAAUGGGGAUUUUUGAAAACACCUCUAGAGGAGUUGAUUGGAGAUGAAAAGAAAGGAGAUGCAAAGCCCAAGCUACAGCUUCCAGAUCACCUGCGGGUUCGACCUGUGACACCUGUGGAAAAAUACAUUAAGGUGCUUCCAUCUCCUCCAGUACCUAAAACUACCCAGGGAUUUAUUGGCUGGAGAUCAGGUGUUCCAGAACUGGCGCUUGAACUUGAUUAUCAAAUUCAAAGCUGCAAAGGAACCGUCAGUAGUAUGAAGUGA